AUUAUAUUUUCUUUGGUUAAACGAGCUGACGGCUUCUGCCUCUACAAAAAAUGAAUCUCUGCGUAAGAUUUGUUUAUUUUCACAUUUCCAAAUAUCUAGUAACCCUAAUUUGUUAAAGUAGUUUAGUAGUUGUUUAUUCGUGUUUUCGAGUGAAAUCAACACGGAAACGCCCCGAGCGGAAGACGCGUGCCGGCUGUAACCAUGGUAACGGUUUGUUGAACAAGCUAACGCUGCGUGGAAGGAGCGAGCGUGGAACCGUUUCGAUAAUGGACCGCACUCUCCAGAGCCAUGAAGGUCUCAGUCCAGUAAAUGUUGCUGGAACUCUGCACCAGUCUGAGCGUUUCAGAGCAGAAUGCAAAGAGCUGAUCAAGGAGACCAAACAAAUCUGCAAACGCAUGCAAGAGGACGAGAACCAACAGUUUGAUCAGAAGCUCAGAAGAAUCCAGUUCCUGAAGAAGGAGCUGGAGUUAAAGCUGGAUGAAGUUAACUUGGAAAUCGAUGACCUGGUAGUUUUGCAGAGCAGAGUGACCAAGGCUCUGGAUGCCUGCAAAGAACCUCUGGAGGUCACUGACCUUUGUAUGAAGGAGCGACUGAAACGACCCAACUCUGAGAGGUUUCAUGAUGAGGUGGAUGGUGAGCUGCUGAAGGAGAGUGAAGGUCUGAAGAGAGUGGAGUCUCUUCUGCAGCGUGUGACGGAGCAGAUCUCUGAGCAGCUCCGACUGAACCGAUCUGCAAAAUAUGGCAUAGAGAAGGACCUGAAGGAGAAAUCUGAGGCUCAGAACGUCGACAACUUCUGCACAUUAAUGGCCACCCUUUCUAUGAGUCACCGCCACAGACCCAAAACCCACUCCACACCAGAACCAAGCUCAGUGCUGACCCUGGAUCAGUGGGAGAACAUCUCAUACGCCAACAUGGCCAAGGCGGAGCAGCAGAAGACCAACUCCAGGUCUCUUCAGGUUCUGGUCCAGUCUGUGCUGGACCAAACAGCUGCUGACAUGCAAAAACAGGUCCAGGCCACGACAACUGCAAUCCAGCUAAACGUUCAGAAAAUGAAGAAUGCUAAAAACCAGAUGGAGGAUGAACUGGUCAAGAUUCAGUCAGAGAUCAGCAGCCAGAGGAAAACCAGAGAAGAUCUUCGAGUUGCUGUUGCAGAGAAUGAGGAGUUUUUGAGUUUGACUCAGGCGAGGCUGGCUUUGCGCCAUGAGAGGCCCGGAAAAGAGCAGUGGCGAGAUCCAGCCCAGCGUAAACUCCUCGCCGAUGUCCAGAAGAUCACAGAGCACAUCAAGCAACUGCAACAGGAAGUAGACCGCUCCGAGGAUGAGGAGAGGCGUCUGCUUAACUGGAAGCUGAGGCUGCAGGAAAGCAUCGACAGCAAAGCUAACUGUCUGUACAUUGAUGAGGUUGUGUGCAUGCAGCGCAGGGAGGCAGUGAUCAUACAAAACUUCUGAACAGAACUUU